AUGAGUGCGGACGAUCCAGGACAUAUUAAAAAUCUUGAUAAAAGUCAAAUUGAAAAUCUGAAAAAGUUUUGGGGAAUUCUUCGAGAUUAUAUGAAUGAUUCUACAAAUAAAAUCAAUAGCAUUUAUCAAGAUGAAUUGUUUCUAGCAAUUGGUUAUGAUAAUCCAGAUACUGUUUUACUUCGAUGGCUUCGUGCUAGAAAAUGGGAUAUUCAUGCUGCUUUACAACAAUUAAAUGAUACAAUUAACUGGAGACAUCAAUGGGGUGUUAAAGAACUUUUAGACAAAGGUGAAACUGAUCUUUUUUAUGAUGAAAUUCUAACGGGAAAAACUUAUUUUAUGGGCAAAGAUCGAGCUGGUCGUCCAAUAGAUUAUGUUUAUGCUAAAGAACAUGUAAAAGAUCAAUUUCCAUCUGAAGCAACUGAAAAAUUAACAGUUUUUAGUAUGGAAACAGGAAGAAAACUACUUGAAUCACCCAAUGAAUCUGUUACUGUGAUUUUUGAUCUAAAUGGUUUUGGGUUAAAAAAUAUGGAUUAUCAACAUUUAAAAUUUCUUAUUAAUCUUCUUCAAAAUUAUUAUCCUGAAUCAUUUUCACUUGGGCUCAUUAUAAAUGCACCUUGGAUAUUUAAUGGAUGUUGGUAUAUUAUCAAACGAUGGUUAGACCCUGUUGUUGAAAGUAAAAUUCAUUUUUUAAAUAAUAUUAAUGAUUUAACAAAAUUUAUUGAUCCGUCAGUUUUACCUAAACGAUUAAAUGGAAGUCAAUCAGAUUUUAAUUAUAUUCCACCAACAGAUAAAGAUUUAUUAAUAUUAAAUACUAUUCGAAAUGAUCAACAAGGGAAAGUAAUAGUAGAACAAGCACAUAGAGAAGCUGUAAAAAGUUAUCUUAACAUAACUUAUCAAUGGAUUAAUGAAGAAGAUACAAAUAAUGUAUUAGAAAAAAGAAAAAUUGCUACACAAAAAUUGAGAGAUGCAUUUGAACAACUUGUACCAUAUAUCCAUACAAAAACUCACUAUCAUCGGAUUGGACUUAUUAAUGAACCCAUUUUUGAUAUUACUUAUCAAACUAUUAUCAACAACAAUAAACAACAAUAA